AUGUUCGCAAGAAUUUGUUUGCUUGUUUGGAGACUUAUUGGUAGAAUGUUAGGAUGUUUUUCAAAGAAUUUGGAAAGAAAGAUGACUAUUGCGACUGAAAGUGAUCAACAUUUGGAACGAGAAAAGGGUUCAGAAGAAGGUACUACAACUACUGAUUCUGGAGAUGAUUCUAAUGAUGAAUUAUUACAGUUCCCAAUUUGGUUUUUGAUUGCAGUUACAAUUAUUUGGAUUCUAUUAUGUGCUUAUUUGUUUCUACUUUGGGAAGAUACUUGGAAUUAUGGUCUUUCGCUUUAUUUUGUGCUGAUCUCAUUCCUCACCGUUGGCUUUGGUGAUGUAAUCCCAUCAAAAUCAAAUUAUAUAAUUCUUGUUGGUAUAAUGCUACUAAUUGGACUUGCAUUAGUAUCUACAAUGCUAACAAUUAUCCAAAAACAAAUCCAUGCAUUAGCUGAUGAUGUUCGUGGAAAAAUAGACAAAGAUUAUCAAAAAGCAUUGGUUGAUGUUGGUGGUUAUGAAGGAGGGGAUGGAGGUUAUGAACAACCUAUUGAACCAAUUGAUGGAAGAGAAUCUGUAGCUUUAGAACAAGGACCUGAAAAAAAGGGAGAUAAACGCACAUUAGACGCAGUGGUUGCAAGAAUGCCGUGGCGUUCGAGAAUGCUUUACCAUGUAAUGUCUUCAGAUAACAAAAAACAAUUAAUAAAGCAUGUAAAACGAAGACAACGAAUUGGAACAAAAUGGGUUCAGACUGACCCAUAUCUUUUAGAUUCGGUUUUGCCUGUUCAUCAGAGUGCCAAUUUCUGAAAAAUAUGUUUAAAGAAGGAGAUUUUUGUAAAAUACAGAGAAUGUAAUAUGAAAUGGAUGGAAAAAUAAGUAAAUGAAAGGUUUAUAAAUUUUCUUAAAAUUAUGUAAAUAUCAGAAUUCUUCACGAUUAUAUUGUUUUUAGAAAAAUAUUAGGUAAAAUAUAUAAAAGAUUUUUAAAUGGGUUUCGUAAAUAUUAAACAAGACUGUUGGCUGAAUUAAGGUCCGACAAUUUUUAGCAUUUAUAAUCACUCUGAUUUUCUUCUCAAAUAAUUCAUUCUGACAUUCCCCUUGAAGGUUUAAAAAACUGGUUUU